GUGUAUACGUAUUUGUUUAAUGACGUGCACAUGCUAAGAAUAAUCGCUCUUCACUGUCACAUGACGAUCAAUACGUCAGCGAUCCUAUACAAACGAUGCUAGACGCUUGACGUCUUUCAAAAACAAAGAAUAAAUUCGAAUAAAAGAGGAAAACAUUCGUGGUUAACUCCAUUCAGUUAUGGGAUCUGAUCUCGAUCCUUUGGGGCACUGACGGCAGUGGAUUUGACUAUAGCAGGAAGAGAGGAUUUCGGAGAAGAAAAAAAUCAACCUCGUGACAAACGGGCAAUACGUGACCCCAUCCUCUACCGGUGGACUUAACAAUUGAAAAACUCUGCCAUCAUGAUCGCAGACCUGGCCCAUGGCGUCUUCGACUUCGGUUUCAGUAGUAUUCUGUUCGGAAUUACAACAUCACUUCUGGUGGUGUGGCUGAUGAAGUGGGUUUCGAAACGAAGGAAGAUAAAUCGGCCCCCGGGACCGAUGACUGUGCCAUGGCCCCUUCAUCUCAUCGGUGAUCUGGUUAUGUUGGCUCAAGGUACCAAUCCCGUUGUCAUGCUCUGUGAACUUAAUAAAAGAUACGGUGAUGUCGUGUGUCUGGACAAUGGCGGGACUCGUUACAUAAUUCUUGCUAGUCCCGAGGUCGUUAAUGAGGCUCUUGUCAAACAAGCCGAGGUAACAUCCGGUAGAGAAGAAGCAUGGGAAUUUAAGGCCAUCUCUCAGUAUCAUGGUGGGAUCAUAUUCUCAGAAGGGGAAGAAUGGAUUCAGCACCGACGUUUCGGUCUUGCGGCGCUUCGUAACUUCGGAAUGGGCAAAAAAUCCCUUGAAAACUCCAUCAACGAAGAAGCGCGAAUGUUCAAUGAAAUUUUGUUGGCGAAGAUUGGUAAACCAUUCGAUCCUUUCUUCGCCGUCAACAAUGCCGUCUCAAAUAUAAUCUGCGCCAUUACGUUCGGCCAACGAUUCGAAUAUUCGGAUCCAAAAUUCAAGGACAUGAUAAAACGGAUCAAUUUCUUCGUGGCUGAAGAUCCGCCGCAAGCCCUGUCCAAUCUCCCCACCUUCAUCGACAACGCUCGGAGAAGAAAUAUUAGGGCAAUCCGAAAGUUCUUAGAAGACGAGGUCAUGGAGCACAAGACAACUUAUGAUUCGAACCAUGUCAGAGAUGUCAUCGAUUUAUACUUGAAGGAAAUAAACCGCGCGCGGGAAGCAGGCGAGAAAUGUAAACUGGAUUUGUCAAAGGCAUGGCCAUUAGUUUUCGAUUUCUUCCUGGCGGGGACGGAGACGACAUCGACAACGCUACUUUGGGCUUUCCUCUUUAUGGCAGGCCGUCCGGAAAUUCAAAAGAAGAUCGUAGCCGAGAUCAAUUCUGUAGUCGGAUCAAGUGCCACGCCUCGAUACGAAGAUCGCAAAUUGAUGCCCUACACAGAGGCAACGCUCAUGGAGGUUCUCCGAUAUCGUCCGAUUGCCCCUGGCGGUGUCCCGCACCGGGCAACGUCUGAUCUGAAGGUCAAGGGUUACGACAUCCUUGCCGGUGACAACCUCAUGAUGAACAUCCUGUACAUACACCAUAUUCCUGAGAUAUGGGGUGACCCGGAAGUGUUCCGACCUGAGCGUUUCUUGUCUGAGGAUGGGAAGGCUGUUGUCAAACAUGAUGCCUACAUGCCAUUCGGAGCGGGGCGUCGAGUUUGCCUUGGUGAGCAAUUAGCCAAAAUGGAAAUGUUCCUGUUCUUCACCAACGUUCUCCAGCGGUUCAGAAUCACGUUGCCUCCUGGUGUGAAACCAAACUAUGACUAUGGUCAUCGUGUUACAACUCUGCUUCCAAAAGCAUAUGAAGUCAUCCUGGAGGAGCGAUAGAUUGUUAAGGCCACCGCACACCUUACGACUGUUCACGAUCCGAUUUUGGAACAAAUCGCAUUUUGCUCAUUUUCUGAAAACGUGAAUGGAACAUAUCAUUUUAUUUGAGGUUAACAUUAAUUGAAAUAAUACUAAUAUAACCAUUUUGAAAGAUUUCAAACCUUUAUUUUGGAGCAAAGGCCAAAUUAGUUUCAAAUCGUACCCAAUCGUACGACUGCUAUGACGUCAUUAUGACUAGAUAUUAAAUUUGCUUUUAUUCUAUUAAGGAUGAUAGCAUAGUCACAGAUUUGAACAUAGGUAUUCGCACGAUGAUUUCGAACAUUACACAGUAAGAUAUUCCAAGUCUCAAUAUUAGCAUCAAAUUCUACUACUUUUUAUUCCAAAAUUGAGUCGCAGACCAAUCGUUAGGUGAGCGGUCGCCUUUACACGUCGUUUAUUCGAAGCUUUGUUUUGUGUGUUCAUUCAUUCAUUUUUUAGUUGAAAAACGAUGCUCCGUUUUAUAUUUAUAAACCUACAUAUUCGUGUUUUUUUUUCUAAAUAUAAACGUGUAGCGAAGGUUCCUCUGUGAUGAGGCUUGGUGUUCCGAUGGUUCAUUGUUGAAUUCGAUGUUUAAACAGAUUCGAUGAUUCGCAAAAAGAAUGGUGUUAUUCAGGGGUUGUCGCAUGAAAGCAUCGCAAAGCUGGAUGACUCCCCCGGGCGAUAUCCAUCGUUCGUGUUUCCCGACAUCGUAUUUUAUAAAAUGAGCGACAAGCUCAUCGACAAGUUGUGCUUUCUUUUUGUGUCUUUUGAAAGUGUCUAUUUAUGAGACGUGGAAGGUCAACUAUCAGAGAAAGUAUGAUGUUUUUAGAGCUACCAGUAAAUGACAUGGGAAAUUUGAAUAAAAGACUUUCUCUUGACUGAGUAUUGUCGAUAAGAAUGUCUAUAAUUAUGAACGUUCCGAAGCGAAUGAUAACCGUGAUAUUCAUUUAUUUCUUACAAGUAAUUAUUGUUAAUUUUUUUUUUUUGACAAUCCACCUUUUUGAUUAGUUCAUAGUUUAUAUUUAUGUUCUGUUAUUCAGUGUUAUUUUUAAGUGUGCUAUUUUCCUUGAGUAUCAUUUUAUGUUUUUCACAUGAAUCCAAGUGACGAGAAAAUCGAGAGAAAAUAAGGAAAAUCCAUAAUUCAUUGGUCGAAAUAGAAAUUAGAAAUUGAAUAGAAAUCCUCCGAAAAUUGUAUGAUAUAUGAAAUAUAUUAUUUUUUGUCAUUAUAUGAGAUAUCAAAUAUGUGAAUGUUUUCCUCAUAAAGUUAAACUAGGUUAGAUUCCUAACUGAACAUGUCCACAUUGACUGUUUAAUUAUUGCAAAAUAUUGCGUUUUAAUAAAGCGUUUGCACACUCUAAAAAUUGGAGUGCAAAUUUAGCUCUUAAGGAGCGUGUAUAGUGACUGCACUUCGGAGUGCUGAUUUUCUCGUUCAAAUUUGAACUAAGUGCAGUCACUAUACACGCUCUUUAAGAGCUAAAUUAGCACUUCGUUUUUCAGAGUGCAUAUUGUCCAAACAAAAAUUAAAAAUAGUACAUUACUUAAUUUAUAUCAUAAAGUAAUUAGGAAAAUCAUAGAGCGCGUGAAUUCAUCGGCUCCCUCAAUUGUAAUUUACGAAAAGUGUGUGCAUAUUUGGUUUGUGAAAAUAAGCUCACAUCUGAGGCCUGUAAGACAAAGCUUAGCAGUGAUCGUGGAACAUUUUCUACGAUUGAUUGCAUCGACUACAAUGUACAAUCAAUUGUGAAAAUCAAGCGUACGAUUAAUUGCUAACUUUUGUGUUACGGGACCCUGAUUUUAAAAUGUUUUCAUAAACUUGUCGUAUUUUCUAUCUAAAUCUUGUUUACAUUUGUUGAGGUGGACUUGCCCUUCAACAUAUACAUUUAAUCAUGCGUAGGGAUCGUAAAGGAAAUAAUGGGAGAAAAUUAAGGCGUUGAAACUGUAGCAGGCUUAUAUGACAAGCUGAAAUGAAGGGUAAAUCAGAAGAAAUCCCAAUUUGGAGCUUUCCCUUUGCAUGAUUUUCAUGAAAAGAAAUAAAAGACAACGUUACUUAAGAUUUGCCGAAAUCUAAUUAAAAACGUAACACAUCGUUAUCCAGAAUGGGACUAUUUCAGAGUGUUGGGUAGAAUACCGUAUUACUAUAAAUUUUGUUCCAAAUGUUUCUAUUUUUAUAGAGGGUGUACUAUUAAAAUGAGUUACUGUAUACAAUUCUGACUAGCAUUUUUUAAAUGUAAUUCAAAGCCUUGCUGUAAAUCA